CCAAUAUGAUGACCACAGCAAUGUGCCCCCUCCGUGUCCUCCUCCUGUGGGCUCUUCUCUGUCCAGGCACAGGAAAUGUCCCGAGUGUUCAGGAGGAAAUAUUCACCCGGCCGGGAUCUGAUCUUCUCCUCCCCAUCAGACUCAAUCUAACCCUCAACCGUACAGAUACAAAGAGAUGUGAUCAGAUUGAAUGGAAAUAUAAAGACACCAGAAUAUUUAAUCUCAAGGGAUGUACAUCGGGUAAAAAUAACAACACAACUUUCCCCAAUAUGAGGAUAUCAGAGAAUGGAAGUCUCAUCAUAUCCAAUGUGACUCUGGAGAAUGACGGGAGAUACAGUGUGACUAUACACAACUCUGCAGGAGGCCUUAUACAGACAGAUAAUUACACCGUCCGUGUAGAAGUUCCAGUAUCGGUUCCGCUCCUCCAUGUCUCAUGUCUCCGGAAUGGCAGCGCUGAGAUCUCCUGCAGGGUGGAGGCGGGGACUAAGCCGAAUAUCAGCCUAUCUGUGAUUGGAGGAUCCCAGGAGAAUUAUUCCACUUCUGCCAAUAAGAUUACAGCCAUUGUGGGGUCACCGGGGCCCUGGAACAUCACCUGUACUGCGGAGAAUGGGGUCAGCCAGUUGAAGGCAAGCAAAGCCAGAGAUACCUGUCCAGCCCCCCUCUCUGACAUCGCUGUGAACUCCUCCUGUCUCCCGGAUGGCAGCGCAGUGGCCGAAUGUUCGGUGAAAGGAUCAGAUCCGCGUUAUUCCUGGAGUUUGGAUGGAAGAUCCGUCUCCUCCUCACACAGCCGGGUAACUCUUCCUCCUCCGGUCUCCGGAACCCUCCGCUGUGAUGUCACCAAUCAGAUCAAUCAUCUAAAUAGAUCCAUCAACAUCUCCUGUGCAGUUCCGGUAUCGGAUCCGGUCCUGCAUGUGAAUUGUCUCCAGAAUGGCAGCGCUGAGAUCUCCUGCGAGGUAAAGAGCGGAACUGACCCCUCCAUCUACCUGACUGUGAAUGGAGAAUUGAAGGUGAAUGGCACCGGAUCAGAGCGGGGGGUCCGUGUCACUGUGCCUCCUGUGUCACCCCCCGAUUCCUGGAAUAUCAGCUGCUCCGCAAAGAACAACAUCAGUGAGAAAUCCACCAAUCAGACGCAUGCCAAUUGUCCAGAUCAGCCUUGUUUCGAGUGUUUGAAGAAUUCCCUAAUUGGGGGCUCUGUGGCUCUGUUUGUGACACUGACCCCUGUCUUCAUCGCCCAUUGGUGCAUUCUACGAGGUAUGAAAAAGAAAUCCUAGACCGUCUCCACAUAGGACACACAGGAACAAUCCGCCUUUCAACACGAGACAACAAGGACACAAGAUCGGUGUUUGAUUGAUAUAAAAAGAUCUGGGUCUUCAGAACGGACUUUUACUGCAAAACGAUCCCUUUAUCACCUCUGCCUGGCUAUGGAAGACAUAAACAUUUCCUACAAUCCCUCCAAGUUCCCCGAUACUACCCACCAUCUUCUUGUAUGACCUUAUCGUGUCUAUAUUUCCCACAAUCCCUCCUACUUCUAUCCACGUCUUCUAUGACCUCAGUGUGUCUACAUUUCCCUUUUACAGUGUGUCUACAUUUCCUUCAAUCCCUCCUCUUUCCCAAGUACUACCCGCCAUCUUCUUGUAUGACCUCAGUGUGUCUACAUUUCCUUCAAUCACUCCUACUUCUAUCCACGUCUUCUAUGACCUCAUCGUGUCUACAUUUCGCACAAUUCCUCCUAUUUCCCCAGUACUACCCGCCAUCUUCUUGUAUGACCUCAUUGUGUCUACAUAUCCUUCAAUCUCUCCUUUUUAUCCAAUACUACUCACCAUCUUCUUAUAUGAGCUGAUCGUGUCUACAUUUCCUACAAUCCCCUCUUGUUUCCCCACCAUUAUCCUGUAUGACCACAGCGAGUCUACACUUCCUAUAACCCCCCCUCGUUCUCCAAUACUACCCAACAACUUCUUGUAUAAUCUCAGUGUAUCUACCAUUCCUACAGUUCUUCCCCAUUUCUUAAUAUUUCCAUCCACCUACUUGUAUGAUUUCAGCCUUGUCUACAUUUCCGACAUUCCCUCCUGGCUCCCCCAUACUACCUGCCAUCUUCUUGUAUGACCUCAGCAUGUCUACAUUUCCUAUAAACCCUCCUUCUUCCUCCCCUACUACCUGCCAGCUUCUUGUAUGACCUCAGCAUGUCUACAUUUCCUAUAAACCCUCCUUCUUCCUCCCCUACUACCCACCAUCUUCUUGUAUGACCUCAGCAUGUCUACAUUUCCUAUAAACUCUCCUUCUUCCUCCCCUACUACCCGCCAUAUUCUUGUAUGACCUCAACAUGACUACACUUCCUAUAAACUCUCCUUCUUCCUCCCCUACUACCAGCCAUCUUCUUGUAUGACCUCAGCAUGUCAACAUUUCCUAUAAACCCUCCUUCUUCCUCCCCUACUACCCGCCAUCUUCUUGUAUGACCUCAACAUGUCUACAUUUCCUAUAAACCCUCCUUCUUCCUCCCCUACUACCCGCCAUCUUCUUGUAUGACCUCAACAUGACUACACUUCCUACAAUGCUUUUUUGUUCCCAAAUAAUACCUGACAUUUUCUUGUAUGAUCUCAGCACAUCUACAUUUUCUACAAUCCCUCCUCGUUUCCCAAUACUGCCCACCACCUGGUUCUAUGCCCUGAGCAUGUCUACAUUUCCUACAAUCCCUCCUUCUUUGCCCCAUAAUAUCCACCAUCUUCUUGUAUGACCUCAGUGUGUAUGCAUUGUAUUCAGUCCCUCCAUGUUCCCCAAUACUACCCACCAACUUCUUGUAUGUCCUACAUUUCCUACAAUCCCUCCUUCUUCCUCCCAUUCUACCCACCAUCUUCUUGUAUGUCCUACAUUUCCUACAAUCCCUCCUUCUUCCUCCCAU